UUGCGAGCUCUGUGAGGGAAAAAGAUGGUUGACUCAACGCCUAGUUACACUGGAGGCGACUUUCAAAAGUUUGGGGAGAAAGUGAGUGACGACGAAGAUGUCGGGUACCAAUCUCUUGGAAGAAACAUAAAGAAACUUGAAGAACAGCAUCUGAACGGAGAUCCAAGUACWAARAGCCCUACAGUUCCCACAAAAAUAAGAGAUAUCGUCAAUAAAUCGAUCUCUCCUGAUCCCAAAAUGGCGGGUAGUUCUCCUGUUUAUGGCGGYCUUGCAGACGACACGAGAGUGCUACAGUCCGAAGUCAGCAGGCUAGAAGAUCUAUUGGCUGCUACUAGAGCUGAGAGAGAUGAAGUUGGAUCUAAAUACAUGGCYGUUAGCGAAAGGCUUGAACAGUAUGUGAAAGGCGGAAGCCCUGAGAGACCCACUUAUACCCCCAUCUCCCCAUCGAGCACAGAUGGAGUUCUCUUGAGCAGCACCCCAGGCGACAACAACAACGUUAGCCAGCAAGUUGCAUACUUAAARAACAAGCUAGAAGAAGAACAUGCUAAUUACAAGCGCAAGUUGCAGGCUUAUCAAGAUGGGCARCAACGCCAAGCACAGCUCAUCCAGAAGCUACAACAGAAGGUUUUACAGUAUAAAAGAAAGUGUGGWGAACUAGAAAACAGCAUGUCAGAAAAAUCAAGUGCAGAAGARGCUGCUAGAAAGGAGUUGAAAAAUGCGACAGACAGCCUCAGAGAAAAAGAACUGAAACUAAAAGAAUCAGAAGAAGAAGCCAGCAGCGACCUUGAAAAUGCUCUUAUAAGACUUGAAGAAGAACAACAAAGGAGCGCAAGCCUUCAGCAUGUGAACAACAUGAUACGUGAACAGCUUGAUCAAGCGGCAGCCGCCAAUCAACAGCUAAGCCUAGAAAAUCAGAAACUCUCCUCUGAUUGGAAUAAGGCGAAAGAGGAAAUUGAAACCAGAGAUGACGAGGAACAGGCUUACUUCACAAAUGAGCAUGCUCGYCUAAUGGAGCUKUGGAAGACUCUGAAUGGCUUUAGAAGACAAUUUAAUGAAAUGAAGUCUGCUACUCAAAGGGAUCUCUCAAUGGUUCGAGCCGAUGUCAACAAGUCUGUUCGUGUUGUCCAAGGAGCCUGCAUGGAUCUUGACAAGAACCUUCGUGGUAUGGAUGCCAACACGCAGGCUGCUCUUGAAGAAGAGAGAGGCAGACGCCAAAAGGCCGAGGAACAGUUGCGCGAAAAAGUCAACGAAAUCAUGGAGCUUCAAAAAAAGUUCGAUAAUGAAAAGGCCAACUUGGAAACCAAGUUGGAAGGGAUAACCGCUUUGAAAGAUAAACUAGAAGCACAACUGGACGAGAAGUACCAAGACCUGGAAAAAACUAAAGAAGUCCUCAAGAACACGGAGUCUGGUUUUGCCAGGCAGACCGAAGAAUGGGAGACUCAAAGCGAAGCAGGAAUGGCCGCAGUUCGCGAAGAAGCAGACAUGCUCAAUAACACCCUCCGUGAGGUCGUCUUCCUCGUGAAGCAAGACACAGAAAACUCUGCUCGACUGCUUGGGUCCCCUGGGGCAGAGAUUGAGGACUUGACAGAGAGUAUGCUCGAGGAAGAAGAUUCAGGAUUUAGGCGUUCGGUGUCACCAUCCCGUGCCUCAAGACUUCGUUCAGUAUCUCCUACUCGUGCGAGAUCACCAGCUUUGGCUGAUAACGCCAUAGCUACWGUGAACUCUUGUAUUCAUAAACGCAAUUUGCAAGUCCAGGAGUUGAAAUCUCGUGCUGAGGCUGCCCGUGAGGCCGCCACCGUCUCCAAGAAGCAACUUGACGAGAGCGAGAACGAACGCCGUCGUCUUGAGAAAGCGUUAACCUCUGCGCGYGAYGAAGUCGAUGCCGUCAAACAAAAAGCCACAGAACUUAGCCAAGACCGUGAACGCUUCAAGUCAAACUCCAACGUCCUGGAAACAGAGAARCAGAACCUUGAGAAACUACGACAGUCAAUGAACGAGCAAAUUGACGGUGUAACCGCKGAGAACGAGAAGUUACAAGCUGCGAACAACGAGCUUCAAAGACAGAGAGAUAAYCUCGAAGACGACAAAGAAGACUUAGAAAAGGAGAAGGARCGACUUGGCAAAGAACUGACGAGAUCAAAACAGGUCAUAGAACAGCUAGAGAACAAGCAAUCUACUCUCAAAGAAGAGAUUGUCAACCUCAAAGAGCAACUGUCUCGAGCUUUGCUUGAUAAAGAGGUUCUUGACCAAGAGAAGGGCCACUUGGCUGAUGUYUUGUCGAAAUCUGAAGUACAGCGGGCGGAGUUGGAACUUGAAAUUGGAAAGAUGAAAUCCGAAGAAAUCGCUUUACGAGACGCWCUGGUMAAACUUCAAUCACUAAACGAAGGACUUGGCCAAGAUAAACUCGAACUCAACAAGAUCAUWAAACARAUGGAAAACGACAAGAACGCCAUUGCACAAGAAAAACGCGACGUCGAGGCGGAAAAGCAUAGCAUCCGUCAGGAGCUCCUUCGUGUAGAACAAGAGAAAGUUGACUUGGACACGGAGAAAAGUACCCUCGACCAAAACCUCAGCCUCCAAGAAUCAGGACGCGAGAAACUSGAACAGGAGUUGAUUUUGUCAAACCGCGAGAGAGCAGARCUUAGYGAUGCACUKAACCAGGUCUCACGUGAGCGUGAUGGCUUGCAUGACGAGCUGCUYCAGACGAGGCGCGAGGUUGAGCGACAGAGCUCGAAUGUUGUACGAUUAGCCAAGGAGAAAGAGGAGCUGACGAAAGAUAAAUCGAGUCUUACCGUCCAGGUCAAUGCUGCCGAACGAGACAAUCGUGCCCUCGCUGAGAACAUCGCCAGCCUCAAGAGCGAGAAAGAAUCCUUAGAAAACGCCUUGUACGAGCUUCAGCAAACYGCCAGCAAGCUUGAAUCACGUAAAGAGGCACUUGAAGGCGAGAACCAAGAACUUCUGCUGGCUAAAGAAGCACUUGCGGUCGACCUACAACGAGUCAGGAAAGAGAAGGAGAUUGARGAAGCGAAGCUACAGAAGGACAAGGAAUUGGUUGAGCAAAAGUUAAGCCAAACCCAGCGCGAUGGAGAAGUUGCUGUCAAGAGACUGGAACAAAGGCAUGAAGAAGAUACCGACAGAUUGAAGAGGGAGAAAGAGAGCGCAUUACUUAAAGCUAACCAAGAGAAAGAAGAGGUUUUAGCUGCAGUGAAGAACGAGAAGGAUGAACUCCAAAAGCGAAUGGAGAAAGAAAAAUACGCUCUCAUGAACGAGGUAGCUAUCGUCCAGAARGAACGCGACGACCAACUUCUCAUGGCUGAGAACGAGAAGCAGSAAGAACUCCAUCGUGCSGCCAACGAGAAGGCYGUGCUUGUCGAGAAACUUGGAAAAAUCCAAAACGAGCGAGACAACGCUGGCGUGGAAAUUGACCGAUUGAAACGCGAUGCGUUCAGUCGCGCUGAGCAAGACAAAGCCGCCAUUACUCGAACGCAGGAUGAUCUWCGAAACACUAAGACUCAGCUCGAAGAGGCCGUAAAACGCUCCCAAGCCGAGAGUGCAGACCUGAAAAACCAAAUCAAAGAUCUAGCCAAGGUCAAAGAGAAUGCAUUACGCGAGAUCAGYGAACUGAAACUCCAGCUCAAAAUGGCGGAAGAAGCCCGCGAUGGAGUCCGCCGAGAGCUUAUCGAUGCACACCGAAAGAUUCGCGAGGGAGAAGAAGCCAGAGAAGCCUCAAGGAAAGAGAAUACWGACUUAAAACGACAACUUAAGGAUGAAGAAAAGGAGAAGGAGGCCGUGCAACAAACAGCUAAUGAUCUUAAAGGAAAGGUCAAGAAAGCCGAAGCCGAGAAAACGAAUCUCAAACGAGUACUCGACGAGUCUGCUCAGAAGAUCGCAUCGCUUGAAGAGACAAGGAAUGGUCURCAGAAGGAGGUCGGUGAUUUGAGAGGAAGUUUACGAGAGGUCGAAAAAGCAAGACUCGAGGCGAGAAGAGAGUURCAACAACUCCACAAUCAGGUCAAGAUGCUGGACGGCGAGUGCCUCAAAUGUAAAAAAGAAAUUGCAGAUCUGAAAGACCAACUUGCCAAAGAGGAACAGCUUCUCAACGAGAUGCGCCGUGAUAACUACAACCUCAAGCAGAAGCUUGUCGAGACAGACGGCCAAAAAGAAGCCGCCAGGCGCGAAAUUCAGAACUUAAACCGCAAGAUGGCUGAACUUGAAGAAGACACACGAGUCAGAGAGAAAGAUCUUAGCACGUCUCUAGACGAAUCGCGACGUGGCGARAUGAAAAACAUGGAAAAGGUCAAGAACCUCGAGAACAUCAUUGAAAAYUGCAACCAGGAUAAUAGUGACUUGAAGCUGAAGUUGAGUGGAUCUGAAGGAAGAAUAACUGGAUUAGAAUCUCAGCUGGCUAGGAUGGAAGGAGUGAAAAACGACUUGGAGUUCAAGCUGGCCAGUCUUCAUUCGACUUUGAGGMGAACUUUGGGCAUCAAGCCACCUGGCGAAAUGGGAAGAUCACCAUCCCCAUCCAAGGCACGCAGUCCUAGUCCCCGUCGCCGUGGAUUCGGUCGAAGCCGAUCCAAAUCCCCCGAAAAGACGAUGGACGACACCGACGCAGGAACUCGCCGCUCCGUCUCACCAAUCCGCCAGUUGUCUCCYACUCGCAUGGGUGACACGUCAWUGUCCGGUGGUGAAAUUGAUCCGGAAACAGUACGACUUGCACUYCGAGACUUCGCCCAGACAAUGAAAGAGGCUGAACGAGAGCGCGACGARGCGGUUGCAAAAGUCAACAGCUUGCAAAAACUCCUUCAAGAAAUGGAGGAAGARCGYGCUAAAAUGGACCAGCGAAUGCAGAACAUUCAGAAAUCACUCGGAGAGGCCGAAGAAAACCGACGAGGCGCCGAUGGUCGUUUGAGUAGUGCACAGACUGCACUCAUGCUCCAGGAAGAAACGAUCAGGAGACUGGAGCGAGAACGGAAAGGCAUGAACGAGAAGAUCGCGGCACUAGAUUCCAGUCUUGCUCAAGCUGAGGCUGAUAGACGACAGCUUAGGGAUAAGAUCAGUGGGCUACAGCAYAGUGAGGCUAAGAGUGACCAAGAGAAAGAAGCCAUGAGGUCUCAGAUUGAGAACACGGAAUCUCGCCUGACGAAGAUUGAAUUGAAGAAACGCUCUCUUGAAGGGGACAUCGAACGUCUGCGCAUGCUCAACUCCGAGGGCGAAGCAGAAAAACAAGCUCUUCGAGAGCGCUUAGACCAACUUCUCAAAGCGCAACAGGARCUCGAGUCCCGUGCGACAUCCCUUCAACUUACCGUUGAYCGYCUCACACUUGCGCUCGCCAAAACCGAGGAGGAAGAACAAGCAUUCAAAAACAAGGUCACAGAGCUAUCCAUGUCACUUAAUGACAGCAAUAACACAUCACAGACUYUACAAGAGAAGCUACAACAGCUGCAGCGYGCUCUGACAAACAGUGAACACGACAGACGAGUUAUGCAGGAGAGACUCGAAGCACUCAAGAACGCACAACAAGARGCCAAGAACCGAAGCAAUGUUAUGCAAGACAGAAUGCAACAGAUGAAGAACGAUCAAGCAGAUUCUGAAGUACGACGAAUGGAGCUCGAGGGCUCAAUCCGUCAACUUCAACAGAUGCUACGCCAACAGAAGGAAGCGGAAGAAGAGCUUGUAGCAAGAAUUGGAAAGCUGCAGGAAGAGAAGCGUGAUCUUCAGGAUCGUCUUGCCAAAUUCCAGCACAAUCUUGCCGCUGCUGAGCAGGAAAAGAGGGAACUUGAACGAUUGAAAGGGAGAAGCUUGAGGGUGAUGAAGUCAACUCAAGACUUCGUGACGAGCGAGAACGUUUGGAUCGUUCAGCUGCAUCGUAUGAACAAGAAAACCAAGAACUUCAGCGCCAGCUCAAUGCACUCAACCAACAGUUUGCCGACACUGAGCAAGACCACGCUAGGAAACUCGUGGAUAUAACCUCAAGACACCGACAGGAAAUGGAAGUCGAAUCGGAGCGUUCAAGACAAUCGCAAACACAGAUUGAGAAGACUCAAGUCGCCAGAGAAAGAGCUCAUAAACAACGUAUCAAAGGACUCGAAGAACAGGUUUCAACGCUCAAAGACCAACUUUCCAAAGAACUGCAAAAGAAACAAUCGUACCUAACUCGCACAGCUCAGAAAUCCGACGAAAUCAAAGACCUGCGCAAUAAGCUUGAAGAUUCCCUGAACACAGUAGCACGUGACACGCUAUAUGAACCCACCGUACUGGACCGUGAGUCACAGAAGCUUGAAGAGUCCCUGGUUGAUGGCAGCUAUGCCUCCCCGUCACGCGUCACGAAAUCUUCGCCAACACGAAUCACGAGUACUCCUGCCUCUCCCCUCAGGAAACCAAUCGGCUCCUCGCGCAGAACAACUCCCGGUAUAAGCCCAUUGCGCAAGACCAGAAAGUCUGCGUCAUAACUUUUUUUAAAGAUAUAACUAGUUUACUAUAUGAAAAUGACGCUAUUGGUUGAAUGGCGUAUCACGUCUGAACCACAGGAAACCCAACAUGUUUUUUUUGAACGCAAGUUAGAUUGAUAUUUUAACUGUUAAUUAGGACUUUUUUCAGAUAUUCUUUACUUUUUAGCUCAGUUUUAUUUGUUUGAAUUGGAAUUGAUCAGUGUGAAUAGGAUAAAAAGCAGAACGAGUUUCAAGAAUUCUCGUGUGACUGAGUUUUAAUAUAUUGCCCAUAUAAGGGAACCAACCUUUGCAUUCCAUAUAAGGGCAUGUCUUAUGACCAUAUUAGGUAACUUCUAAAUUAGGAUAGUUUUAAUCUGAUUUUUUACCGGGGCCUGGGUCCUAUACUCUUUUUGAAGUAUAGUACUCAGUUCUCCGCUGAAAAUCAAGUUGCAAUGUAGGAUAGUAUGAAAAAUAUAGUAAAUGUUGAAAUUUUUUAAGAUAACCCUAUUUCCAGAGUGAUUUAAGAUUGAUUCUCUGCAUGUAUUCAUAUAUUCGUAAUUCAUACGUCGUUUUAUUUUGUAUCUAUACUAUUUUCGUUGUAUUUUAGUAUGUUUUAUUAUUAGUUUUUCAGUUAGUUUUUCUAAGUUAUUGUACUUGGAGGUGGAGUGUCAAAUAAAGAUUAAAUCAAGAAA